AAAAAUAAAACAAUAUAUGAAGUUAAGUUUUGACUUUACGAUACCCACCACUAGAUGAGAGGGAUGUCAACAAAUAUCAAGUGUAAAGAACAAGAGCUUUCAAAUCAGUCGCAAAAAUAAGCGAACUUAGUACAAUCAUGGCCGCGUUUGAAGGAUUUGAUACCCUAGGGAUAUCUCGAACAGAAAAUUUGGAAAGCAUCCUCUCCAAAAAUGAGAUGCUGUUGGAAGAUUAUGAAGAGAAAUCCAUUUGGACUCGUCAUUGCAGUGAGAACAUGUGCACAAUUGAGCCCAAAGAAGGAUUAAUUGGAGGGAAAGUUCCAGACUGGUUGAGCGGUACUUUGUAUCGAGUUGGUCCAGGAGUUUUGUGCUUUGGUGAGGAAUGCUACGAAGGCGCCUUGGAUGGGUGUGCCAUCAUUCAGGCAUGGAAAUUCGAUAAAGGUCACGUUUCAUAUCAGAGCCGCGUUCUUGAAAGCCAGACAUACAAGAGUAACCUGGCAGCUAAUAGAAUUAUGGUGUCAGAGUUCUUCACGGUGGCGUAUCCGGAUCCGUGCCAAACAUUGUUGGGAAAGUUUCAGACCCAAUUCUUGUCAUUGCCGGAUCCUAAGGAUUCUACGGAUAACUGCCUGGUGAACUUGAUCAAACACGGCGAUGAGCUCUACGUUACUUCUGAAACAAACACAAUCCAUCAGAUUGACAAGGACACGUUGGAAACACUCGAUGAAGGCACAAUCCACUCAAAGUACGUCUCUGUUCACAAUGCCACAGCUCACCCACACACCGAUGUGGAUGGAACCCUCUACAACCUUGGAUCCUCUGUACACAUGGGCACUUCUCAUUUGAACAUUAUACAGUUUCCUCCUCCAAUCAAUUCACGUAACUCACCCAUGGGUUAUUCAUCGUCACACGAUCAGGCCAAAAUUGUAGCACGUCUCCAGACUUCUUCCAAAUCAAGACCCGCCUAUAUCCAUAGCUUUGGAUUCACUCCCAAUUACAUCGUCGUGGCCGAACAUCCGUUUGGAAUCAACAUUCCCAAAGCCAUUCUCUCCAAAGCCACCCAGAUGCCGGCUUAUCGAUUCAUUGAAUAUGACAAAACCGGGCAAGUCAUUUUCCGGGUGGUCAACCGGAACACCAAUCAAGAAACUGAGCUCAAAUACUAUGCUGACCAACCCUUUGUUAGUUUCCACACGAUUAACGCUUUUGAAGAAAACGGGCACCUGGUAUUUGAUCUGUGUUCUGGCGACGAGCCUUAUUAUGAGCUUCUGCACUUUUCCAACUUGACGGAAACAAAUUCGACCAUUCCAGUAGCCAAAGUGAUGCGCUAUGUUAUGCCUUUGGAAAUGGGCGCCUGCAAUUGCUUCGUGGAAAAUGGCAACUUUGUUGACUUACCCCAGAGCAAAUGUGCCGCCACUUUUGAUGCACAGGGGCGAGUUAAGCUGACGGGUCAGCUGUUGACACCAGUGGAAAUUGAAAUGCCCCGCAUUAAUUACGCGUUUAACGGGAAAAAAUAUCAAUAUGUGUAUGGAGUUGGUACCGAGUUCAAGUCAGAGACGUGUUUGGUGAAGAUCAAUGUCAGCACUGGUGAGACGAGGAAAUGGUUUGCCAGUGGUUGCCAGGUUUUUGAGCCGGUGUUUGCUGCUCGUCCAGGUUCGGUGGAAGAGGAUGACGGAGUGGUCCUGUCGCCCAUACUUCACGUCAAGUCCAUCAAUUUGGUAGAGCUGGUAAUUUUGGACGCAAAGACUUUUUCAGAAAUCGGUCGAGUGACACACUUUGCCAAUGGUCCAGUUACUCCAACACUACAUGGCAUUUACGAUCCGAGUGAGAAUAGAGUACAAAUAUAAUAGAUAUAUUUAUAUAGUCGCAAAAGUCAUCAGGUGCUGUAAAGUUCCUCAUUUGGGGGAUUUUUUCUUAUGUCUUUUUCGUCAAUGUUUCAAAUCAAUAGAUUACAGAUUGUAGAUUUCA